AACAGAAGGUAGAGACAUUUACCCAGAGCAAACUUCUACCAUUCAUUGUGACUCCCUGAAAUCUUAGUGCAAGUUUCAGCUCUAAAAGAAGCAUUGGUUCCUGCAAGAUUAGCAUGAAGCUGGCGUUCCUCUUCCUCGGCCCCAUGGCCCUCCUCCUUCUGGUUGGCUGUGGCUGUGUCCUUGGCACCUCCAGUGGGAACCUGCGCACCUUUGUGGGCUGUGCCGUGAGGGAGUUUACUUUCCUGGUCAAGAAGCCAGGCUGCAGGGGCCUUCGGAUCACCACGGAUGCUUGCUGGGGUCGCUGUGAGACCUGGGAGAAACCCAUUCUGGAACCCCCCUAUAUUGAAGCCCAUCAUCGAGUCUGUACCUACAACGAGACCAAACAGGUGACCGUCAAGCUGCCCAACUGUGCCCCGGGAGUCGACCCCUUCUACACCUAUCCCGUGGCCGUCCGCUGUGACUGUGGAACCUGCUCCACUGCCACCACGGAGUGUGAGACCAUCUGAGGCCUGCAUGGUCUGCAGAGCGCAGCUAGCGGUCUCAGCCUCACAGACCCACCUGUGUGAGCAGCACAUGCAGUUAUACUUCCUGGAUGCAAGACUGUUUAAUUUCGACCAUACCCA